CAGAAUCAAAGCUACUUGCACAGGAUGAGAAGACCCGAUUUGGAAGGUAGUAUUCGCACGUCUUUUCCAAAAUUGCACUUUGUCUUUUGAGUACGCACCACACUCAGCUCGGCAGAGUACUGGCCUAUGUUGACUCAGGCGUCGAACUCGCAUACACUAUCCCCUGCUAAGACUUCUCAUGACGGCCUCACAGAUAAUAAGAUACCCGUCAUCACCACUGAUCAUGAUCAACUAGAAUCUUUGCAGCUGGAUGAGCGAGGACGCACCGACGCGCCUUGUGCUCAAGACUUGUACGAAACUGUACUUCCAUGGUGGAGAGCAGCUAUACGUGCCCGAAUUCUCAGUUCGGUGAAACGAGAGAGUCAAAUCUUGGCUCGGAUGCAGGAAUGUAUACGACACCCAUGGUUGGAUGCAUACUUCCUUUAUAGCUCGUCCCUUGGUACCCACACUUUCUUCAUGAUUGGUCUACCGUUAUUAUUUUUCUUCGGUUAUGAGGAGAUCGGACGAGGCUUAGUGAUUGUUUUAGCUUCCGGAGUCUACGUCUCUUCAUUCGUGAAGGACCUUAUCUGUUCACCUCGUCCAUUGGCCCCUCCCGUAACACGACUGACGAUCGGGACGCACCAUCUUGAAUAUGGAUUUCCCUCAACGCAUUCUACGAACAGCGUAUCCAUGGCGCUUUUCAUCUUCGGCUAUGUUAGAAACGCUUACAUCCAAUCAGCCACGAUAUCAGCAUCGAUGUAUUAUGCGUCAUGUGCCAUGCUCGUGAUAUACGCCAUAACCAUUGUCUUCGGGCGCUUGUACACGGGCAUGCAUUCCUUUACCGACUGUGCGGUUGGUGUCUUCCUUGGCGCUAUAAUCUCGGGAGCCUAUGUGAUUCUGAAAGAGACAAUUGAGAAUUGGCUGGCAAGUGCUCGCUGGAUAGUUCCGCUGACGGUGAUCCCCAUCUGUCUACUAUUUGUACAUUACCAUCCACAACCGGUCGACGAUUGUCCUUGCUUCGAAGAUGCCAUCGCAUUCGUCUCCGUCAUCCUCGGCAUUGCGCUAUGUCGGUGGCACAUUGUAUACUCUGGCGUCGACGAACGCUUCCUGGGUUCUGUGAUGCCCAGUCCUCAGGGAAUCGUUUGGACUUGGGAAGAUACAGCUUCGUGGUGGACUCUGGCUUGCGCCAAAGUCACUGUUGGGAUCCUUGUAAUUUUUGUGUGGCGCCUUCUCGCAAAAUCCCUGCUGCACCUCACUCUUCCACCUCUUUUCCGUCUUCUUGCGUCUUCCUUUGACCUACCUCAUCGGCGCUUCUAUACCCCUGCGACAGACUACCAACACAUGCCAGUUGAAAGCAGUUUGCGCCCCAUUCCGAGUAUGAUCGAUCUUCCUGGCGCCCUUGAGGUCAGCGGAAUGAGGGAAAAUUCGGGAUUGAGAAGAACAAGCGGAACGAAUGAGGUCAAGCGAAGAGGUGCAAAGUCGAACAACGGCUCGUCGUUAGCCAAUGGAGACCCCGGGGCUUACAGCGGAUCCGAGCUCGAGAACAGCAACGGGCCAUUUCAACGCAAGGAAGUCAAACAUUACGAUGCUGAUGUAUUGACCAAGGUGGUGGUCUACGCUGGAAUCGCAAUCUUGGCAGGUGAAGGCUUGCCCGUCACAUUUGCCCUUUUGGGCUGGGGCGUCAAGCCAUGGUGAUGACUUUUGCUGGUGACGUGUAGUGUAUGUAGUAAUUAAUUGCGGGACUUGUUAUUCCUUGGCAUGCUAAUUUUAUGGACAUUUCCUGAUUGCCAUGUGCGAGGUGCGACACUGGGUAAACAGCACUCAGC